CAAAGGCCGAUAACUCCAAUUAAAAUAUUAUGUCCCCUGAAAUUUAUUUCCCGCUAAAACUUCAAACGUAAACAUAAACCAGAUUAGCCUUUGCCUUGGUAACAUGAGUAAAUCAAAAGACGCACAAGCUUCCAGGGCAGUGUUGGACUACUUGAAUAAACAGAACAGACCCUACAGUGCCAUUGAUAUUUGUAACAAUUUACAUAAGGAACAUGGUAAAACUGCCAUAGUUAAAGCAUGUGAAGUUUUAACAGAAGAAGGUAAAAUAAAGGAAAAAAUCAAUGGUAAACAGAAAUGUUACUUUGCUGACCAGUCACAGUUUCCAGAAGUGGAUGACAGUGAGAUAAAAGAAAUGGAUGUUAAAAUCAUCAAAUUAUCUGAACUUGUACAGAGUAAACAAGAAGAAAACAAAAAACUUGAGACAGAGCUGAGAAGUUUGAAUAGUUCUAUUUCUACAGAAGACGCACAGAAAGAACUUCAUUCACUCAAUGAAGAAUGUAAAAACUGUAAAGAAAAGUUAGCUAGCCUAAAAGGAGGAGCUGUACAGAUAUCUCCUGCAGAAAAAGACAGGAUAUAUAAAAUGAGAGAGAAGUUUGUUAAAGAAUGGAGGAAGAGAAAAAGAAUGACAAAUGAUGUAUUAGGUGCGAUACUGGAAGGAUAUCCCAAAACAAAGAAACAGUUAUAUGAAGACGUUGGAAUAGAGACAGAUGAAGAUUUACAUGUGACGGUUCCUGAAAUUUGAUAUUAUUUUAACUUAUUUUAUUGUUAAAUUCUUAAAAAUUCCUUGAAAGAAUUGAGUGCAAAGGAGUAGGUGUGGUAAUGGCCCUAUUUGUCCCCAAAUAUUUAAUGAACUUGGGAGAAAAUGAAUUUAAACAAUUUUUGACUAGCUUUUCUUAUAGUAUGUGAACAUUUAAGAUUGACAAAAGCUGACGUAUUUCAACAGCACAGGCAUUGAAAAGAAUAAUCACAUGGUACCAUUGAUCGAUUGAUUGUUGUUGUUAACACCACUCUCAGUUUUGGCUUUGUCAUGGUGGUAAUUUUUUUUAUCAAGGAAACUGGAGAGAACCACCAAUCUUUUGACAAAAUGCACAGAAUUAAAAAAAAUAUUGACAUCAGGUUAUUUGUUAUAACAAUCAUUAUGUUUAAGGAUCUAUUUGUUGAAGCAUUUACUAUAUCUGUUUCAAAAAAACCUAUGAAAAUUGGCCUGUUUUGAUUGUAACUGUAACUAGAAUACAUGUCCUAAUCUUCCUCAUGUAAAGGAGUACCUCAAAUGGUGAGUAAUACACCACCAUAAAUAAAAAUAUAUGUAUUCUUAAGUUAAAAUUGUUACAAAUCAUUCGCCAUUAACUAUUAUUACAAACUAAGAACAAUAGGAAAAUGCAGGCUCAAUGGUUGAAUUUAUAUACUAACAUACAAAAUAGAUCUGUAUAGUGUUGCAAAACUAUCACCAACUAUUAAUUUUGAUGGAAAACAACUGAUCAUAUGACAUCAAGUUAAACAGACAAUAAGUAUACUUGGUAUAGUGUUGUGUAAACCACACAUACUGCAGGAUCAACCAGUAAUCAAUGGUAUCAGCAGUGUAAAGCAAGAAAACCUUUGCUACUAUUGUAUUGUGAUAGUAGAUUGUAGUGAUAGGAACUGUAGAUCAUCAGUAUAUUGUUGUGUAACUCAUGCGUUGAAAGGUUGAAUUGUGAAAUUUAUCCUUAUAGUUUUGAAGUGGUAAAAAGAAUGCUAAUGCAUAAAUUUUCGAACAAAAAGACCUGUUUCUUGCCUUUAUUACAUCUAGUCAUUAUCUUAAAUAUGAUUCAUUGUGAUAAUGGCAAUUAAACCUUAAUUCAAAAAUUAAGAUAAAAACAGAAGCCAUACAGGGCCAAUAUCAAGCUUACUCCUUUCAUAGAUAGAAAAAAUAUAUUGCAUAAAAAUAUUAUUGCAAACAGUUAUUUGUUACAAAUGGUCAAACUUGAUAUUAAAGUUAUGAAACAUUGUUAGUUAAAACUCACCAAAGAUACCAGGCUAAAAUGCACAGGAAUUACAGUGGAAUUCAUAAUGUUAGGCCUCAUCAAUUUAUCAUUGUUUUUUUUUUUAUUAGAUCUAUUUCUCAAUAAUUAUUAUAAACCAUGAUACAGCAGUUGAAUUUUCAAAUACAGUUUCUUAUUUUGAUGUUUAAGUGCCAGUCUGCCUAAGAAUCAGGCAGUGAUGAAAACCAUGAUUUGAUUUUUAUUCAAAUUGCCUGAUUCUAUAAACAAAGACAGGCAUUUAAUAAGACAGGUAUAAAGUUAUUGCAAGAGUGGAAUCAUUUCAAAUUUGAGUUUUCAAGUGAAAAAGAGGGCUUAUUAUUUGUAUUACAAAACGUGUGUUAAAUAAUCAGACAGGAACAAACAUAAGUAAGAAUAAACAGAUUGGUAUGGUUGUGAAGAAUGACAUGAUUCUUUUUACAGUAGAUAACAUUAUUUCUUUUGAAGUUAACCUUUUAAUAACUGACUGCACAAACAAUUUUACAUAACCAUACUAAUGUCAAUUUACUUGUAGCACUCUAUAAAUCCGUACUUGUUCCAUAGUUUAAUUUUAUGGAAACUUAUAAGACCUUUUUGUUACCAUGCUUACCCCCUAUUUGGCCAUUACUCUUUUGUUUGUUUUGUUGUACACUUGAA